AUGAAUCCUGACAUUGAGCAAAAGAUCUUGAAGUUUGAAACAUUUGUCAAUGAUGUAUUGAAAACGGAUCUUGCACAAUUAGAGCAGAAACUUGAUAGCAAGAAUGCAGAUGUUGCUGAGUUCAUUCAAUUAAAAUCUACGAUAACCACCCUUCAGGCUAAUGAGUUUGAUAAAAAUGGUUUUAAAACUCAAGUAGAUGUUGGACAGAAUUUCUUUAUCGAAGCACACGUUCCUGAUGCUUCUAAAAUUCUGUUGGACGUUGGCUUAGGACACUAUGUGGAAUUUUCUCUAAAUGAUGCUUUGGUGAUCAUCAAUGUUCGAAUCAAACUCUUGGAAAAACAGAUUGCAAACAUUCGCAAAGAAAUAGCUAAAAUAAGUGCUCAUAUUAAACUAAUUCUCUUAGGUAUUAUGGAAUUGCAAGGAUUGGAGAAUACGGUGUGA